AUGCCAUUUUUCAAAUAUGCAGGGAAUGAACCAAGACUUAACCAUUUAUUCAACGAAGCCAUGGCUAGUGAUGCCCGUUUGGUCAUGACCGUGUUGAUUCAAAAUGGUAAGGGAUUAAUUUUUGAAGGGUUGAAAUCGUUGGUGGACGUUGGAGGGGGCACUGGAACUAUAGCUAAAGCUAUUGCGGAUGCAUUUCCACAAAUAAAUUGCACCGUCUUUGAUCUACCUCAUGUAAUUGAAGGGCUGGAAGGAAGCAAGAACCUGAGCUUUGUGGGAGGAGACAUGUUUAACUCCAUUCCUUCUGCCAACGCAAUUUUGCUUAAGUGGGUAUUACAUAAUUGGAGCGAUGAAGAUUGUAUAAAAAUAUUGAAGAAAUGUAAAGAAGCAAUUCCAAGUAAGGAAAAUGGAGGAAAGGUAAUCAUCAUCGAUAUGGUUAUGAUGGAUUAUAACCUAGAGAAAGGAGACCACAAAUCAUAUGAAACUCAACUUUUUUUUGACAUGCUUAUGAUGGUUGCUGUUUCCGGAAAACAAAGAAGUCAACAAAAUUGGGCAAAUCUCUUCUCUGAUGCUGGUUUUAGUGACUUUAACAUUAUUCCUAUACCAGGGUUGAGAUCUAUUAUUGAAGUUUAUCCUUAAAUCUAGUCAGUUCACGACUUCUUCUUUUUUUUUGGGCAAGCAAUAAUUAAGGUAAUUUGCCACUAAUAAUAGAACCAGCUUUGUAGCGAAUGUUCAUUGUUCUCAUGUUUGUGCCUUAUAUAUAGCAAAUGUAACUCAAUAUUGUCUUUAUAAUUAUGAAGAAACUACUUCUUGUGUUGUA